GUUUUUUUUUUCUCUGUCUGUCAACGAGAAUAGUAAUAGCUAUCAUUAGCACUCUUAUCUCUUCAUACAUUCCUUACCCCUUUUUUGAAUAUGUCUGCAAAAUCUGGUAGAAUAAGAGAAAGUCCUUAUGGAAUUGAACUUGUUGAACAUGAUGGUUUCUUUUAUACGCCCUACGUUCUGGAAGGAAUGAUGAAAAUGUACUCACAGUUCAAAGCACGGGAGGACGAUGUGUUUGUGUGCUCUGGACUCAAGACGGGAACCACCUGGUUGAAAUCUAUCGUUGCCAGCAUUAUGAGCCAAAGCAAGGGCAACGAUUUGAGGGCAAAGAAUGCCCAUGACUUGAUUCGCAACGUAGAAGGAAUCUAUGAUCCCCGAUCAAUGGGUAAUGCAGAAAUACCCUCACCAAGGUUGCGUGGCUCCCAUCUGCCUUACUCUGCUCUUCAACCUCAAAUCGGGUCUUUGGGCUGCCGAAUCAUUUAUAUAGCUCGAAAUCCCAAGGACACUUUCGUUUCCCACUGGAUGUUCUUGCCUACACUACAAGGUGUCCACAAUGGUGAAACUACAGCUCCAGUUUCCAAGGAGGUAUUCUUUGAUUGUUUCUGUAAUGGUGUCUCUGUCUUUGGUCCUUUUGUUGAUCAUGUCUUAGGGUUUUGGAAUGCCAGUAGGAAUCAAAAUAACAUCUUGUUUUUGACUUACGAAGACAUGAAGGUGGAUUCUUUGUCCCACAUCAAAAAGAUUGCGGAUUUCCUAGGGCAAUCCUCUUUGACAGAGGAGGACAUUCGUUACAUAGACAGCCAAUGUAGCUUUCAAUUCCUCUCAACUCUAGAUGUUAACAGAAAUGGCAAAUUGAAUAUGAAGAAUACCAAUGUCAGCAACCGAUCUUUUUUUCGCAAAGGCGAAGUGGGUGACUGGAAGAAUCAUUUCACCCCAGACAUGAACAGCCGUAUGGAUUUGGCAGUGGAGAAUAAGUUCCAAGAAGCUGGCCUGUUCCUCAAGUAUGAACUAUGACAUAAAGUGACCGUCUCAUCAAACUGUGUGUUCCCAUGCUUCUCGCAGAAUACAAAAUCAUACAAUGUUUGCAUUGGCAUCUUAACUUUUUGGUUUUUUAAUAUGUAGCUUUGAUGCAGGAGCAUCCCCGGUUCACAACAAUCUUGCAUCAACCAAAAACAUUUUUCUUUCUAUUCUGUUUUGUUUGCAAUUUCAAUUUUCCUUUCUAUGUGUCCUGGUUUUGGCUCACCGGAUCCCGUGGAGUUGGAUUCUACUUGAAGACUUGAUCAUCUUUCUUGCUUUCAAACCACAUCUCAUUUGGAUCACUUUCCGGCAAGAUAUCGCUAUCGGUUUUCAUGACAGUUUCUUGUUACCGGUUGUUCCUUUCUUACCGGUUGCCUGAGACAUAUUCUGGUGAUCUACUGGAACCCAUUUUGAAUCCUACGGAGCCUUGAACGUUGAUCUUGAUGUUUCUUGGCAUGUGGUCGACCCUCUUUAUUUCAUCCUUUGGAUUUUUUGGAGGAAUAUCUUGGCGGAGGCCGACCUUUUUUAUUUGCUCUUUAGGUCUUGUUCUUCAGUUUUUGA